ACUCGUGUUCUGGCGACGUGAUGCGCAUGCAGAAAAACUCGCUUCACGCGGGCCGCGAUGCGACCGAUCUGCCGCCGCGGGGCUCAAUCUCCAUCUGAUCCGGAUCUGGAGCGCCUAACCCCGCUGCUUUAUAAUCAACAGUGACUUUUCCUGCUUAACAUGGCUGUGCGCAGCAACUCUCUGAUGCCGUUCUCCAUUCAAGCCAUUCUGAACCGAAAAGAGGAGUCUCGACAUUUGAACGAUCUGGAUGUUUGUUUCUCAAAAAGCGCUUGUUGGAAAAUCUUCGAUGAAAUGGAUGCACCGGACAGAAGCGACGAGAGAGAGCACAAGAACUACGACUCGGACUCCGGGCUGAGCGAGGACAACGACAGUAAAGCGCAAACCGACGCAAAGCCCGAAAGAGACGCAGAUUUAGCGGACGACACGGAUCCGGAGUGCAGGGCGGCGGAGCGCUGCGUGUCCGACUGUAAGGCCGGCGAGGAGAGCAGAGAUCAGCCCAAGCAGCGGAAGAAGCGCUCUCGCGCCGCGUUCUCUCACGCGCAGGUGUUCGAGCUCGAGCGGCGCUUCAAUCAUCAGCGCUAUCUGUCGGGCCCGGAGCGCGCGGACCUCGCCGCCUCUCUCAAGCUCACCGAGACGCAGGUCAAGAUCUGGUUCCAGAACCGACGGUACAAAACCAAGCGACGCCAGAUGGCCGCCGAUCUGCUGGCCUCGGCCCCGGCGGCGAAGAAAGUGGCGGUGAAGGUGCUGGUGCGCGACGACCGGCGGCAGUACAGCCCCGGAGACCUGCUCCGUCCGCCGCUGCUCUCACUGCAGCCGCCCUGUUAUUACCCGUACACCUACUGCCUGCCCGCCUGGAGCCUGUCCUCCUCCUGCGCCGGGAGCCUGUGACCCCGGGACUCACGCGUAUUUAUUCUACUAAAGACAGUCGUUUACUGAACACACCGACCGAGGAGCUAAAACCGGGAGAUUUAUUCGCAGGACCGGCUCCGCGUUUGGGCCAAACCCGCCGGUUUUCUUCCCAGGACUUAUAUCUGUUUUACUCCCUAUAAAUCACCAUUAGGAUCUGAUUUCAGAAUGCAUGGAAAAUGUGUCGGUUUUUAGCAAAACACUCUCUCUUCUGCACUUGAUGUCGUUACCGGUAAGACUGGCACUUUCCCCCGCAGUACAACAUAUUAAAACCAGAGGAAAAUACUGGUUUGUUGGACUCAGUAAGUGAGCCGUGAAGUCUCCACGUUUACUCCACAUGUAUGUUUUCAUAUUAGUGUAACGUGUUUUGUUUAAUGAAAAAGAAAUCAAACAUUAAAACACAU